AGAAAAGGGCAUUCCGUUGGAGAUAGUUGCUCGGAACGUUAACUUCUUUCCUCUCAUCUCCAUUAUCAUCAAAUUCAGUAGCGAGCUCUUAGAAUCAUUUCGUUAGAGGCGAUGACAUAUACCAGAGUCCACAGGCCUGCUUCCCCGCCCAAGUCGGCAUCCCCUGUCAGGGAUUUUAGGUCGAGAUCAAGAUCAUUAUCACCUCCAAGAAGAAGCCGUUCGAGGAGCCGUGAAACUGAAGAACCCGUCAACCCUGGAAAUAACCUCUAUGUGACUGGCCUAUCAACAAGGGUUACAAAUAGCGAUCUUGAGAAGUUCUUUAGCAGUGAAGGGAAGGUUAUUGAGUGCAGUCUCGUCACUGAUCCACGAACCAAAGAAUCCCGUGGGUUUGGGUUUGUUACAAUGGAAACAAACGAAGAUGCAGACCGAUGUGUUAAACAUCUUAACCGCUCUGUGUUGGAAGGUCGACUUGUUACGGUGGAGAAGGUAGUUUCUUAUCUCAAUCUUCAACAUUGCCUGAUGUUUUGCACCACGAUCGUGCUUGAAUUAUUUGUGCUCAGCAACUCAAUAAAGAGUUGUUAGUUCUACAUUCGUACUUAUCUUCAGAAUUGUUGCCUGAUAUAUUUUGGCAGCAGGUCUGGUUUGUGUAACUUCAUCGAAUACAAAUUCUAAGCUAUUAUGUCUAAAUCGUCGAACAUAUUCUUUCGCAACUUGCACACUGCAUCGACAUUUCAAACUGAUCAAAUGAAUUCGCUAUUUCCAA